ACUCUGAUAAUGUCUGCUACCUCGAUCUGCAACCUCAGUAGUUCCAUCUUUGUUCUCACUGGUUUUCCUGGCCUAGAACUUGACUAUCUCUGGCUCUCCAUCCCCUUCUCCUCCAUCUAUGCCAUGGUAUUUCUGGGAAACUGCAUGGUCCUCCAUGUGAUCUGGACUGAGCCAAGCCUACACCAGCCCAUGUUUUAUCUCCUGGCUAUGCUGGCCCUCACUGACCUGUGCAUGGGGUUGUCAACCGUGCACACAGUCCUAGGGAUCCUGUGGGGACUCAUUCAAGAGAUCAGCCUGGACUCCUGCAUUGCUCAGUCCUAUUUUAUCCAUGGUCUGUCCUUCAUGGAGUCCUCUGUCCUCCUUGCCAUGGCCUUUGACCGCUACAUUGCCAUUUGCAACCCAUUGCGUUACUCUUCCAUCCUAAGCAAUGACAAAAUCAUGAAAAUUUGGAUGGCCAUUUUAGGUAGGAGUUCUUUACUCAUACCUCCAGUUAUCAUCCGCCUGAAGUUCUUAACUUACUGCCAUCCCCAUAUCCUUUCUCACUCUUUCUGCCUGCACCAAGAUUUAAUUCGAAUGGCCUGUUCGGACAUCCGCUUCAACAGUAUCUAUGCUCUGGCCUUGGUGAUCAGCAACUUGUUAUUGGAUGCAGUGCUCAUACUUAUCUCCUACAUCAUGAUCUUACACACAGUUUUAGCCAUUGCAUGCCAGGAGGAGAGGAUCAAGUCCUUGCAGACCUGUGUAUCUCAUAUCUGUGCUGUUUUGGUUUUCUAUAUCCCAAUCAUUGGUCUGACCAUGGUGCAUCGUUUUGGUAAACACCUCUCACCUUUAGUUCAUGUCCUCAUGGGCAACAUCUAUGUCCUUUUUCCACCCUUGAUGAACCCCAUUAUUUAUAGUAUCAAGACUCAACAGAUACAAAGGAAAAUCCAGAGAUUGUGCUACUUGAAUAUAGUCUAA